AUUGCUACAUUUUGGUGAUUCAUAUGCAACGGAUAUUAUAACAGAUUCUGCUGUCCGUAUUCAUUCAUCCGUCCGUUUGAGGAAAUUUUAAUUCCUAAUCCUUGUAGUUUCAAUCAUCUUGUUCAUGAUAAUCGGCUACCCUUAUUCUAGAAGAGCCGAUCAUUCAUAUAGUGGAAUCUUAAUUUCGUUUGUUUUCAAACAGUUUAGUUUUGUAAUUCUAGUUGCGGGAUGGCAAUUCGACGCUUUCGAAGCAAAUGUUCGGUGCUUGAUCCCUUCAAACCCGUAGUAAAAAAGAUUCAUUCAAUGGGUUGGGGGAGCAUCUACGUUAGACGUAUGAAAGUUUUCUCAUUGGCGAUUCUAAUCUACUUGGAUUAUAAGUCUCUGAAGCACAGACAGAAAUGGACUAGUGACUCGGAAAAAGCUGCUUUAUGGGAGAAAGCCCAUGAGCGCAAUGCUAAUCGUAUAGUUAAGUUGAUUAUAGAGCUGGAAGGUAUGUGGGUUAAAAUGGGCCAAUAUUUUUCUGUGCGGGCUGACGGGCUUCCUGGGGCCUACCCACGCCUUUUGAAGCAGUUACAAGACUCACUUCCUCCUCGCUGCUUGAAAGAGGUUUGCAGGACUAUACAGAAAGAGUUGGGGAAAUCAAUGGAUGAUUUAUUUACAACUUUUGUUGAAGCACCUAUUGCAACCGCAUCAAUAGCACAAGUUCACCGAGCAACUCUACGUGAUGGGCAGGAGGUGGUUGUUAAAGUUCAACACGAGGGCAUCAAGACGAUAAUAUUAGAGGAUCUGAAGGAUGCUAAAUCAGUAGUCGAGUGGAUCGUUUGGGCAGAACCUAAAUAUAAUUUCCAUCCCGUAAUAGAUGAAUGGUGCAAAGAAGCACCUAAAGAACUAGACUUUAACAAGGAAGCUGAAAAUACUAGAAAAGUUUCUAAAAAUCUUGGCUGCAAAGACAACCGUAUUGACAAAAAUCCAGAGCAUCGUGUUAAAGUAUUGAUGCCUGAAGUUAUUCAGUCAACUGAAAGAGUCCUCAUUCUAGAGUAUAUGGAUGGCGUGCGGUUAAAUGAUUCCCGUUCACUGGAUUCACUUGGUGUCAACAAAAAAAAUAUUGUUGAAGAAAUAACACGUGCAUACGCACACCAAAUAUUUCUUGAUGGAUUUUUCAAUGCUGAUCCUCAUCCUGGUAAUUUUCUUGUAACCAAGUCACGUCCACAUCUUCCAAUUUUGCUAGAUUUUGGGUUUACGAAAUUGCUUUCAAGCUCCAUGAAACAUACUGUUGCAAAAAUGUUUCUGGCGUCUGCUGAGCUUGAUGCUCUUUCAGGCGAUAUCGUAUUAUUCUUGCGGGUCCUUAAUUUGCUUGCAGGGCUUUCAACGGCAUUGAACGUGAGUGUUAGCUAUUAUAGAAUCAUUAGACCAUUUGCUGAAUCUGCUCUAGAAUGUGACACAAAUGAGGGACCCAAGGAUAACGCAGAAUGGGUAUGUGACAGCCCUGUUAAUUCUGAAGUAGAGGCAAAGCUGAGGGCUUUAUUAGUACAGCUGGGAUAUGCUGAUAAAAUACUUGGAAUCCAGGUCUGUGCCUACAAAGACGGGAAUGUGAUAAUUGAUACUGCAGCUGGGGUUCUUGGAAAUUAUGAUCCUUCUCCGGUUCAGCCUGAUACCUUAUUUCCUGUUUUUUCUGUUACAAAGGGAGUCACAGCUGGAAUCUUACAUUGGCUUGUUGAUAAAGGGAAAGUGAAACUUGAGGAGAAGGUUGCAAACAUCUGGCCAGAGUUCAGUUCAAACAGAAAAGAUCUAAUAAAGGUUCAUCAUGUACUGAAUCAUACAUCUGGUCUGCAAAAUGCUCUUUCGAGCCUUGUGCAAGAUAAUCCAAUGGUGUUGUGUGAUUGGGAGGAGUGCUUGAAACGUGUUGCCAUGGUUGCACCAGAGUCUGAACCUGGUCAACAACAGCUAUAUCAUUACCUAUCAUAUGGUUGGUUAUGUGGUGGCAUCAUUCAGCAUGCAUCAAAGAGAAAGUUUCAGGAUAUCCUUGAGGAGGCUAUGGUUCACCCGCUUAACGUCGAAGGGGAGCUUUAUAUUGGAAUCCCUCAAGGUGUGGAAUCCCGACUUGCAACACUGACACUAGACACAAACGAUCUCAAUAAACUAGCAGAAGUCAGCAGCCCGACAUCUAUCUCUAGCUCUAGCUCUCCUCCCAUGUUCCAGUUUGAUAUCCUCGCGGGCUUAGUUCCCUUUUUUAACACACUCAAUGUUCGUCGUGCAAUACUACCUGCCGCCAACGGCCAUUGCUCAGCGCGUGCACUUGCACGCUACUACGCCACCCUUCUCGACGGCGGUGUGGUCCCACCACCCCAUUCCUCCUUAUCCCAGCCGCCACUCGGAAGCCACCCUCACCAUCCCAAAGACACUUCCAACAAUAAAAAACAUGGUGGAAAUUCAAAGACAAACAACCUUAAUGAUUUCAAAAUAUUCAGCAGCCAAAAAGCAAAACUUCAUGAUUCCUUUUUGGGUAUUGGAGACUAUGAAAAUUUGGCUCUUCCGAACGGGGAUUUCGGGCUUGGAUUCAAGCGGGUGUGCUCAAAAGAUGGAUCUUUAAUCGGAUUCGGUCAUUCGGGUUUAGGUGGGUCUACAGCAUAUUGUGAUAUCAGCAACAGGUUUGCUAUCUCUGUGACCCUAAACAAGUUGUCUUUUGGGUCUGUGACUAGAGAUAUAAUCCAAUUCGUGUGUUCGGAGUUAAAUAUUCCAGUACCAGAAGAAUAUGCAUAAUCUGGUUGAACACCUAGGUAUCAACCAAAGGGUAAAAAUAGGUACUUCAAUUCAAUUUGUUGUAUAGAUCAUACAUGUGUGUAUGUAUAUAAACUUCUGCUGUGUAGUUAUUUUAUUCUACACUAUAAUGAAAUCAGUGUACAUAUGGUUUAAAGAUAAUGUA